AUGAAGCUCACUCUCCGUUCAGAGUACCGUCCUUGGCCUCUAUCCUCCUUCCUCGGAAUAUUAGAUAUCAAAACCGGCGUUGUGAUUGCCACUCUUUGUGCCAUCUUCAACAAAGUUGCAGGCGUUUAUGGUCUCAUCGCUCUGCUCACAGGAGCCGGCGGCUCCUUUGCUCAAUUGAGCUUAUAUCUCUACUCCGUUCUGGGUUUGGUGGCACUAGCAUGGGGACUUGGUGUGGUCAAGCAAGAGGAUCCUCGGCAGACGUUGUACUACGCCCAUCUGUUCUGUGGCGACCACAUCCUCUCGACGCUAUGGACCGCUUUCUUUGCAAUGCAAUGGUGGUGGUAUAUACCCCAUGACGGCGCCCGUCAAGCCAAUUCUCAAGCCCAAGCGGACUUGAUCGCCAUUGCGAACCUCACGGAGGCGGUCCUGACAGACGGCGAGCGAACGCAGGCAGCGCAGUUAAUCUGGAACCAGGAGAAGGGUACCUCGGCCGUCGUGAUACUGCUGGCAUGGUUAGCCAAGAUCUAUCUGGCUAUCCUCAUAUACUCGUACGCACUCCAUCUCCGACAAGGCACAUAUCAUAGCCUUGCCAUGAAUCGCCCACGUGCAUUGUCGAUCCGUGCUGGCUCUGUGCCGUUGGAUGUGGAUCUUGCGCAAGGGGACGAUGACGACGUCGAAGAUUUCUAUCGGCUGAACACACCGACAAAACCGUCCCAUGUUCAUACGUCGAAUGGAAACAGUGCCACGAAUGGCCGCAUUCAUUGAUCUCAAUUGGCUUGUGUCAGCGACUUCCUAACGCAGGAGCAUCACCGAUGGCGUUUAGGGUUCACUGUCGAUUGGUGUUUCUGAUUUCUGCAACGUUGCAAAUCAUUGGGGAUCCACUGUACGCUUACCCUCACACCCUUUGUAGAAGUGAUCUACUAUCUGUAAUUCACAACAUCGACAUCCCUCGCCAGCCAGUCUAAGUUCCAAGCAGGGCUUCCACAGUAUGGUUCAAGCUGUGUGAACAUGUAAAAGUUGCAGCCAAACUAUCUCAGUGUCAUCCGGAGUCGCAGCCAUUUUGUCUGCGUGCGGAUUUUGACAGUCUACAGCGGAGCAUGCAGCUCAGUAGGACUUGCCCUCCGACAUUCAGAGACAGGC